UAAAUUGUGUUUAUUUUCCACCUGUGGAUUUUCUGCAUUCCACAUGAUAUAGGUAAAUAGUGCGAGGGCGAGUUUUGAACAUCACGUGACAUCCUUCAAAUCUAUACGCUCGUCUGCUUGCGCGUGUACAGAUGUAAACAAAGAGAAUUGUCAACAAUACGAUAUGGUGCAAUCCAAAGAUUAGAUUACGGGAGAAUUUAAUUUUUUUUAGUGAAUGACAAACUUGAUAGAGUUGAGAUGGUGGUUCUUCGUUCGGACUUAAUUAAAUGUGUUGUUUUAGGGGAUGAUUCCGUUGGGAAGACAAGUUUGCUUGUGAAUUACGCUACAAACAGAUUCCCCACGAAGCACGUGCCUAGUGUUUUUGAUAACUAUGCAGGGACUUUAGAAAUGUCUGGUAAAAAAUACCAUCUGCAACUUCUCGACACCCUGGAAGAGGACAAAGAUCAGGAGAACAGUAUUCACAUUCUACCUGGCGCAGACAUUGUUGUCGUCUGCUAUUCGGUGGUUCAGCCUACGUCAUUUAGAAAUGUGGAAGAAAAAUGGGCGCCUCAUCUGAAAAGCUGCUUAGGUGAUGUUCCUAUAAUCUUAGUGGGAACUCAGACAGAUCUCCGGAUGGACUGUUCUGUUCAAUUCAAUUUAAGACAAAAUGGACAAAAAAGUAUCAGUUCUUCGGAAGGAUUUCAAAUGGCCAGAAAAAUCGGAGCUUCUAGGUUUUUUGAGAGUUCUCCCGAACUGGAGAAGAAGAUGAAGAGGGUGUUAAACAAAGCUAUCGGGACAGUUCUUCAUCCCAGAGAUGGAUUGUACGAUGCCUUAUCGUGUGUCAUUCUGUAGAUGAUAUAUAAAAGAUUGAAAAAAAGGUGGUGUACUUACAAAUCUAUCUUUGUGUUGAACAUGUACAUGCAGGUUGUUUCAAUUUUAAAACCUACAAUGCUGGUUCUUUUGAAUGGUAUUAUUAAAAUGGUUUACUUUUAUUACUGUAAGUAAAACAAGGUUGAUGAAUUAGAGUCUUAUCAGUAUAGCUCAGUCCUGUUUGUUUUGUAGCAAUAGUUGUCCAAAUGAUCGUGUGUGAUGAAAUACAUGGUAUUUUUAGUAUUUAUUGUUAGAUGCUUAAAAAAGCAGUGAUAUGUUUUAUGUGUAUUUAUGCAUGAUAUCUGUGAUGAUUUAAAUAUUUUUUAUCAAUUAUUUACAUUGUUUUGUCUCAAUAAAGAUAUUGUUUAAGAUUAAUGAUGAUAACUGAAAAAAAUCCAGGAAAAUUAAAGAAACAGUAAGGUGUUCUAUCCACGUAUAUUAAAAUCAUAUUCUCCCGGAUUGACUUAAUGUAUGAAUUCUCAAGCCUUGGCAUCAAUAUUCUUCAACCAUUGUUUUUUUUACGUGUUCAAAAUUUUUAGAAGCAAAAGCACUGUAUAAUUUUACAAUUGCUUGACUUUGAAGUUGAUAAUAUUGUGUAGGUAUAAUUGCUAUUUUAUUUUCUUACAUUGACUUUUCUUAUUUAAUAAAUCCAUAAAAUAACAUAACUAUAACACCAAUAAUAAAGACAUAAUACUUU